AUGGCUAUCUCGGCGACACCGACAGUGACGAGCGCACCACCCGAGCUGAUCGCAGCCUCAUCAGCGAUACUACCCGGCCUGAGACUCAUUGACCCGAAGAGGCUCGAUCCGCGAAGCGACGGAGAGAUUGCUGCGUGGCUCCGGCAGCCGCACCCUAUCACCUCCGACAAGAAUGUCUGGGCAUUCUGGCAUUCCGGUUUUAUAAACCUGCCCCCCUGGGUUCAGCGCAACAUAAUCGGCUGGGUUCGACGGCUUGGACCUGAGUGGACUGUCCACGUCGUCGAUCACGUGCAGGGCUCCGACACAAACGUCACUCACUACGUAGAAAGCUCCUACUUCCCUGAUUGUUUCAAUAACCACACCAUGGAUGGCCCUACGGUUGGAGCACAUUCGGGGGACUUGGUUCGAUUACCCCUCGUUUGGAAGUACGGCGGUGUGUGGCUGGACGUAGGUACAUUCCUGUUUCGAUCUAUCGACGACAUCUGCUGGAAGCAGAUCGAAGACCCUGCCACUCCUUAUGAGAUAGCAGGCUUUGUGAUUGAGAUGCGGCCAGGCGUGGAUUGCAUGCUCAAUGGUUUCGUUGCUGCGAAGAGGCACAACCCAUUCAUCAAACGCUGGCAUGACAUUUACUUGGCGUUGUGGGAAGAGGUGAGCAACGCGCACGGUUUCCACAAGCAUCCCCUCUUGCGACACCUCCCCCUUCUGAACCCGCCCGUGCAGAAGCUCAACUGCCCUGACCUGAAUGUGAUGAUGGAGUCGUUCAGUGAUUAUCUGGCUGCCUUUAUGUGUUUCGAACGGUUGCGCAAGCUGAUCGAUCCGGCCGACGGCUUCAAUGGCCCCGAGUAUUACUCUAAUCACAUGUUGCUGUUCCCUGCGCUGCAGGAGACGUACUACUUCCAGCAGCAGACUAACUGGUCUGGAACUCGUCAGUUCGAGCUCCUCACAGCGAGACGGACAGGCGAGGGUGUAGUGAAGGACGAGAAAUGGCAAGCGGCCGAGAAGUUUGUCACCGACGCUCUCGCAAACACUGCUACCAUGAAGUUGUCCCACGGUCCGCCUGACGCCUUGAACUCGUUCUUAGCUGACCUGUGGGACUCCAAGGAACACCAAGACAAGGAUAACAUAGACGGCACGUUUGCCGCAUACCUGAGAUAUGGCAGCGUGCACUUUGAACAGACGCGCGAGAUGGUACCUGUCAAGAUGGAUUGGCCGUCCGAGGAGAUUCUAACUUGUGGCGUGCUUGAGCCAAAACACAUAGACUAGAGAGACUUCAUAUCGCGAGUUCAGUCCAAUUCUUCGAUAGAACCUUAGAUGUUUGAUUUAAUUUAAUGAGAGUAUUGACCCAGCAAUGAAAUGCUGAUUGUGUUACAGAGUAAAUGACCGCUGCGAAUGGUAAAAAACUGAUUUGUACGUGUAGUGCCCUGCGCUCCUAUUGUUGUGCCAUGCGCGAAGGGCUAAAGAUGAUAAAUAGUCACAGGUUGAAGGGGGGGGACGAAAUGGGAAAGGAAAGUAUUUACAGUCUUCCGCUCGCUCUCAUCACAUAUAGUACACUCUUCACAGCUAACCCUAAGAUCCUCAUACCUUUUCAUUAAUCAACGUACGACAAGUCAAUCAGAACCUCUCUUUUCUCAUUUACUUGACUGCUAUCCAGGUAUCGACGGGAGUAGUAA